AUGGCUUUGUUGUACGCGUGCUGUCGUGUUGCUGUAGUAAAUACUGAUGUUCCUAUGAUUUGUAUUAGUUGUAGUGGCUACUAUCAUCUGCAAUGUGUGUCGGCAUCAUCCAGAAAAGAUCCAACACUUCGAAAUGGGUCAGAUUGGACCUACCCAGCGUGUUUGUCAAAGCAACCUAAAACUGUUAAAAAUGAUAGUACACCUGUCCGCAUGUCAGCGCGCAAGCAAUGCGACACCGAGAGUGUUAAUGUUACAUUGCGAAACAAAAAUUCGAAGAAUAAGUCUCCCACUACUCCGUCAGUGUCAGUGAUAGAAAAAUCUACAGACUCUUCUUGCGACCUACGGGGUUUUAUAAGACAAGAGAUUUCAGAGCUAAAAAGGGAUCUUGAAUUUAGUUUCAAAAACUUUAUAAACUCAGAGCUUAAGAUCAUUAAGGACGAGGUACAGGAAAUAAAAAUGUCCAUAGCUUUCAUAAAUAAUAAGUAUGAUGAGAUGAAAGAAAGAUUUUAA